UGAAGGAAGCUAAACCGUUGAAGAAGGGCUAGUUGCCUUCACUUGAUUAAAUCUUGAUUUUAUCAAAUGAAUAUCGCAGUUUAUUAAUUUGUAAAAUAUUUCGGUGAUAAGAAAACUUUUUGUCAACCAAAGUACGUGUGUAUCUUGGACGGACUGUUGCUGUCAAGCAGGAAUCUUCUAAAAUAAGUGAAGACACCCAGUGAAUGCGAAAGAGAAACAAUGAUGGUGUUUGAGCUGCCAACUCACUAAGUUCUCCCGAGUGAAGACAUCUGAUGAAAAAUUACUGCAACGUUACAGAUUCCGGCAUGGAAGACAAAGCAAAUGGCUCUGUUGACACCAAAAGCCCAGUGGAGAACGGUCAGCUGCCGGACCCUGCCAACUGGGGGGUCGCCGAUGUCGUCAAUUACUUCAAAGCAACAGGGUUUGAGGAGCAGGCCACGGCUUUCCAGGAUCAGGAAAUCGAUGGCAAGUCCCUGCUCCUGAUGACACGUAAUGACGUCCUGACAGGGCUGUCGAUAAAGCUCGGCCCUGCACUGAAAAUCUACGAGUAUCACGUGAAGCCGCUGCAAACUCAACACCUGAAGAGCAACGCCUCGUAGCACCGCAGGCCGUCCCAACACUCACCUCAGCGACAAUCAUCGUGUCAGGAGACCCCAGGUUAGCUGCCACCUCACAAAGACUCCUCUGACCACAGCGGCACCUUAACAGGAUUUGAAUGCUGUAUGUUUUUAUAAGCGUGGACCCCCAAAAAUGGGUUGCACAUGAAGUCCACUCAGCUGUUUACCCUUUCAGCCAUUCUAAUUUCUGCUGCUUGAGAUAUGUAUUUUAUUUUUGUGUGUGUUUUAUUUAAAAGAAGGAAAUUUUGGGCGGCUACUGUGCAGAUAUGGUGUGUGUGUGUGUGUGUGUGUGUGUGUGUGUGUGUGUGUGUGUGUGUGUGUGUGUG